AUGAAUGUCUACCUGAUUUGUGGAAUAUUGUUUGGGGCAUUUUGUGCUGUCGAACCCGACCAAUUGAUUGAUAAACUGUACCUCAUCGUGAAAGAUGCGGGGCUAAACUAUUCGCUAGAUCAGGUCGCGGAAUAUUCCACGAUGUUUCAUCGACUGGUAAGUUUGAAAUAUUGCCAGUGGUUGAAAGAGCUGGCAGGGAAAGGGGGACUUGCAGAAGUCAGUGUACCGCGAUAUGCCUUGCAAAUUCUCUUGUAUCCUGCUGUUUCUAGAUGAAUGAUAUAAACAACAGAGCCCACCUGGACUUGGACAACCAAAUUAUCGAAUUCAUAGAUGACAUUCUCAUUCUUCCCAACUACAACCUACGCGGAGUGGAGUUCAACGAAGCAGUAAGGGUGUAUCGUAACGAUAUGUUCCCUUGGAUGCGCGGCAACGCCUCGUUGGGAUGGGAGGAGAGCGCGUUGGGCUUCGAAGCCACCUUGUUGGAUCUUUUGCGAGUGCGCUUUUAAUAAUCAUUCGUCUUAAAAAUCCUUUUCUUUAGAAUUCUACGCACAGAAUUAUCGAUGCGAAUUGCCAGCAGUUCUUGGGCAUAACUCAGCAUCAGCUGACAGAACAGAUUUGCGAGAUAUAUGCCAAGUAUAUUCAGCAUGACAUCAAAGAUGACCCAUUUCGUGUGACCGAUCCGUUGCUAGAGGCGUUAUAUGGCAACAACAGUAACGCGGCGGUGCUACUUUACCAAGAUCUUUUGCAAAUGAGGGUAACACCGACCACAGACAACGCACAGUAA